CACAACCUCCUUUGCUACCGGAGUUACAACUUAAUUCUUCGCCCUCCAUUUCUGAUCUAGUUUCGGGUGUAUCGCCGUUGUUUAUAUCUCACAACAUGUACACUCGGGAGAGACAUAAUGCCAGAGCACGCCAGUCGACUGCGAGCCAGAGAAAGAAGGGCAAGCGCAAGGCGAUCUCGUCCCCGGUAGAGGAACCCGACUACGACCCGAAUGCCGAGGUUAUUGUCUCUAAAUCUGAGGAACAAAGGCAGCUGGACAGGAAGGAACGACUGAAGCAUGAACUAUUAGCUCAGCAGGACUCUAAAGUCAAUAGCAAGAAGAAGAAGCGGUUAGAGAAAUAUAUUGACAAGAAACUCAAGCAAGAAGAGCGUGUGGCGCUAUUCGAGAAGCUCUCAAAGAGCCAAGCUCGCGGAACCUCUGCUUUAGGGCUUAAAUCUUCCUCGACACUUGGAACGGGGAAGGCAGUCACCCACCAGGAACGUAUUGCGAAAGAAGAACAUCAUGAAGUCAAGCGCGCCCUGGAGGGUUCAACUGGCAGAAAAAAGCGUAAACGUCCUUACAGAUCAUAUACGGGCGCUGCCACCGACAGCGAAGACGAACAAGAUGCCCCUACAGGCGAAGAUGGCCGUUCUAGUCCUUCUGCCGCACCAGAGCCAGAGUCAGGGAAGACAAGAGCCAACCCAGUUGUCAUUGUUGACUCUGGGUUCUCCACGGUCAAGCAGGAGCCUAUACUCACCCCGGCCGUAAAUGUCUCCUACAUUGGCUCAGCCUUGAAGAGGGCCCCGGAUGGCUCCGCCAUUGCCCCACGAGUUGUGAAGAAGCAAGCCAAGUCCAGGGCUGCACCUUCUUCUUGGAAAGCGGGCCUCGCGAAGACUGUGGUCGAAGAAGAAUCUGAUAGCUCGUUCGACAGCUCAGAUUCGGCAUACGAUUCUGACACGGACAACAAGGACAAUGACCAAACCGAUGAUGGGGCCGCCUCCCGUAGCGAGCCUGCGGGAGAAAGCGACAAUGCAAGGAAUGAGACGCCUGAAGAAGUGUCCACCUCGCCAAAGAAAAGGCUAGGAUUCAAAGACUGGGCUUUAAAGCAGCUUAGCGCCGCCAAAGGAUACGUUGCACCACCCACAGAUGAAGCGAGUUCGCUGCCUCCGCUGUCUGCUCCAGAAAAACCAGUACCUCCACCGCCGAAGAAACGAAAGGUGGAACUCUCGCAACCUGGCGAGAUGCGUGGCCCUCUAGGCAAAGAUAUCGUUCUUCCCUUGACGUCGUUUGCGAAGUAUUUGCAGGAGUCCGCCAAGGACGGUCAUCGACGGAAGGUAAUCGAAGUCAAGCGCCCUCCAGAAGUCGAGGAGGCGAGAUUUAUGCUUCCCAUCGUUGUAGAGGAACAGCCAAUCAUGGAAGCCAUACUCCUCAACGGUGUUGUCAUAGUUUGCGGCGAGACCGGAAGUGGAAAGACGACUCAGGUUCCCCAGUUCUUGUAUGAAGCAGGCUUCGGCUCCCCAGGAAGUGAUAAUCCUGGGAUGAUUGGUGUUACCCAACCGCGUCGUGUGGCUGCUAUGUCCAUGGCAUCUCGCGUUGCGCACGAGCUUUCCCUUACCUCCUCCAAAGUUUCCUACCAGAUCAGAUACGACGCUACUGUAUCGCCCGACACCUUCAUCAAGUUUAUGACGGACGGUGUCUUGUUACGAGAGCUGGCGACAGACUUCCUACUUACAAAAUAUUCCGUCAUCAUCAUUGAUGAAGCACACGAGAGGAGCAUGAACACUGACAUCCUCAUUGGUGUAUUGAGUCGUGUCAUCAAGCUACGCGAAGAAAUGUGGGUUCAGAAAAAGGACGACGUCAAGCCUUUACGCCUCAUUAUCAUGUCUGCCACUCUUCGCGUAUCCGACUUCGCCGAAAAUACGACUCUCUUCUCUACUCCGCCACCCAUCAUCAACGUCCCCGCCCGACAACACUCCGUUACUGUUCACUUCAGCCGACGUACCGCCUCCGACUACGUCACGGAAGCCAUCAAGAAAGCGAGCAAAAUACAUGCUCGCUUGCCUGCAGGGGGUAUACUGAUAUUCUUAACGGGCCGGAACGAGAUUGCUGGCGCCUGCAAGAAGCUGGAGGCUCGCUAUGGCGCGAUGGCAAUAGCAGAGAGAGGACGGCGAAGGAGCGCUUCCGCGGUAGCGACAAACGUCUCAAGUAUGACUACAGGCGAAGGCAAAAAGACCAGUGUAGCUCCUGCUCAAGCUGAUGUGGAGGCGGAAGACAUGGACCUUGGAAUUGACCAGAAGGAUCUGGCUCUCGACGUAGAUGGCGACAACGCCGAUGUCGACGUGGACGACGAAGCCCUGGAUAGUGAUGAUGAACUGAACAAUCAAGAACUCGGCAUUGAUACUGAGGAGUCUGAAGUCCCUAUGCAUAUCGUUCCGCUGUAUGCCCUCUUACCGAAUGAGAAGCAAAUGCAGGUAUUCAAGCCCCCGCCCGAAGGACAUCGCCUUGUCGUAGUAUCGACGAAUGUUGCGGAGACGUCUCUGACCAUCCCGAAUAUUUGUUACGUUAUCGAUUGUGGUAGAGCCAAAGAGAGGCGUUACGAUCACGCAAACAGUGUCCAAAGCUUCCAGGUUAGCUGGAUCUCUAAAGCGUCCGCUGCACAGCGGGCCGGUCGUGCGGGGCGUACAGGUCCAGGUCAUUGUUAUCGACUCUACUCUUCUGCAAUCUUCGAAACGUACUUCGAGCAAUUCUCGCUGCCGGAGAUCCUUCGCAUGCCGAUUGAGGGAGUCGUCCUUCAGAUGAAGAGCAUGCACGUCGACGCGGUCGUCAACUUCCCCUUCCCCACCCCACCCGAUCGCUUGAAUCUCAAGAAGGCAGAGACGAUCCUGACCUGCCUGGGUGCACUCUCAAUUCCGGAGUCGGGCGCCGCUGCCGGUGGGCAGAUUACUGACGUUGGCCGAGCAAUGGCUCUCUUCCCUCUCUCGCCGCGGUUUUCCCGGAUGUUGGUCAGCGGCAGGCAGCAUGGGUGUCUGCCCUAUGUCAUCGUAAUUGUGUCCGCGUUAUCUGUAGGAGACCCCUUCCUGCGAGAAGAGGCCCUUGAUCAGGACGAAUCGUCUGACGAAAAGGACGAAGAUCUCUCGCACAUCCAGAGUGAAGCUGUCAGGGCGAAGGAGUCCCGUCGUUUACGUCGCAAAGCGUUCUUCGAAUCUCAGGAGAUCCAUGCCUCUCUAGGCCAGCAUACGAGCGAUGUCUUCCGCGUGCUAUCCGCCGUAGGAGCCUACGAGUAUGCCGGAGGUGGUCACAAGUUCUGCACAGACCACUUUGUUAGGCCCAAGGCAAUGGAAGAAAUCCAUAAGCUCCGCGCGCAGAUUAGCAGCAUCGUGCACACGAAUUAUCCGGACACAGAUCCUGGUUUCGUCCCGAAUUUGCGUCCGCCAAACAGUCUUCAGCUGCUUACGGCUGGCUUCAUCGACCAGGUCGCCGUCCGGAAGGACAGGGCCGAGAAGGAGUCUGCGUCGGGUGACCAAUACACAACGUCAAGGGGCGUGCCCUAUCGCGCGAUGGGCAUCGACGAAGAUGUAUACAUCCACCCAUCGUCCGUCCUGGCAAAUCAGCCGCCAUCCGAGUUUGUCGUUUUCUUGGAAGUAGUGCGUACGUCAAAGGUCUGGAUAAAGGGCCUGACUGUUGUCAAUCCCGCAUGGCUGUCGCAAUUGGGCAGGUCACUCUGUACUUUCUCGAAGCCCGUCAGAACGAAGGAGGGUGUUUCCGUCGUCGUUCCGCACUUUGGGCCUGCGGGAUGGGAGCUUCCUCCAGUAAAAGAGAACAAAAUAGAAUAUUAGUUGUACUCCCUGUCUGUAAAUUAUCUGGAACUUAAGCUAUGCUUAGCGUAAGUACAAAGUUAGAAUGCAGUGGC